CGCGAGGGACGUUCGAUGGGGACUACAUGUGAUUUGCAAAUAAAGUUGUAUGACUCUAUCGAUAAGCGUUUAAAUCGGGAUCUUUGUUAAAAUCUGUUUGGCAACAUUGAACGUGUACUAGCAGCGAAACAGCAGAGAUAUUUUCACUUUUUGCCGCAUCAAUCUAAGCAGAAAAUUGUUUGGAGAUUGGACGUCAUAAUUGUAACGACCUUUCUUCACGGCUAAAUCUAUCUUUACUACGUCGUCUUCGCUGGAUGUUUUAAACUAUAGAUUGAUGCAAGAUUUGAGAACACCAGACAAAUGUCCAACUUGGAUUUAUUUUUACCAUUACUGGGGACUACUGAUGUUAGGAAAAAGAUUUUGAUUGGUGAUGACAUUAUCACCUACCUUACUUCACCUGAUAACCCUCCAAAAUGUGAAGAUAUUGGUUUGUUUAUUGAUGGCCUUGUUUCAUGGAUCAACAACAGCAACUUUAAGGUAUGUCAAAAUGGGCUGGAAGUUUUAAGUCUUCUUGUGAAUAGGCUGAAAGAGGACUUUCGGCCGUAUAUUCAGACGAUUCUUCAUGCCGUGAUUGAUCGAUUAGGCGAUUCAAAGGACUCGGUUCGUGAAAAAGCCGAAGAUUUCAUUUUAAAGUUAAUGGAAUGGAGCAUACAGCCCCAGCUCUUAUGGGAACGUUUACUCUCUGCUUUUGUUCAUAGAAAUAAUAAAGUAAGAGAAGAAAUUCACAAAAUAUUGGUCAUCACCUUAAAUUCGUAUGGGAGUUGCUCUCUGUCGCUGAAUAAGCUUGUGCCAUCCAUAGUGAAAUGUCUUAGCGAUCCAACGCCUGCUGUUCGGGAUGCAGCAUUUCAGACUUUAGUUGAAAUUUACCGACAUGUUGGUGAAAAGGUUCGCGCUGAUUUAGAAAAGCGAGGAAACGUCCCACCUGCCAAAUUGAACGUACUGCUCGCGAAAUUUGAUGAAGUUCGGGACGCGGGAGAUAUGCUACCGACUGCUGUGCUUUCGCUUGAUGGUAUUGCCAAACCAACGGAAGAUGAACCAGACCGCUCUUUGUUAAUGACCGGUUCCAAAAGAGCUACCAGUGCCCCCGCCGUACGGAAAUUAAUGGCGCCACCCCUAAGUAAAGGAGUCACAUCAUCUGUUGCUGGUACAAGUCCGGCGGCAGGAGGCGGGAUGGAUGAAGAAACAUUCAUGAGAGCCUUUGAAGACGUACCCAAAAUUCAGAUCUACUCAGCCAAAGAAAUGGAAGAGCAUCUGGUCAGCAUGAGAACAAUUAUCCAAGACCCUAAUAACGAUUGGGCUAAACGUGCCGAAACAUUAAAAAAGAUACGGUCUCUGCUGAUAGCUGGUGCAGCCAACUACGAUGAGUUGUUUCAGCAUAUUCGUCUUUUGGAAACAGCUUUUGUAACCAGCGUGAAAGAUCUAAGAUCACAGGUUGUCCGAGAAGCAUGCGUGUCAAUCGCGUAUAUGUCACAACAGCUACAAAAUAAAUUGGACCAUUUUGCGGAAGCUUUAUUGAAUCCAUUAAUUUUGUUGAUUCCAAACAGUGCAAAGAUCAUGGCUACAGCUGGCACUGUUUGUAUUCGCUUCAUCAUUGCACACACUCACAGUGCUCGAUUGAUCCCUAUUUUAACUAAUCACAUGACUUCCAAAUCCAAGGAUAUCCGCCGUGCCAUGUGUGAAUUUUUAGAUCAACUCCUGCAUACGUGGCCCACACACAUUCUUGAAAAACAUGUCGCCCUCAUUCAGAGUGCUGUAAGCAACGGUAUCAAAGAUGCAGAUCCGGAUGCUCGUGCAUUUUCCAGAAAGGCCUACGGGGGAUUUGCUUCCCAUUUCCCUGCUCAAGCUGAUGCAUUACUUCACUCGUUGGAUCUCUCAUACCAGAAAUUAUUAUAUGGAGAGGCAAGCCUCUCUAAUUCCAGUUCAAGCCAUUCACUACAAUCAGCUGGACUUGCUCGGCCACCGACAAAUGCCAACUCGGGUCCUGCAUCGCUUCCGGUUCAUCCAAGGUUAAAAGUUGGCUCUUCUGAGAAUUUAAGUAGACUCCCUGGAAUCCCGCCAAGAAAAGUUGGCAUGCCAAGUUACGGUGCACGACCUGGCACGGCUAACGGAUCAGCGGUCCCUACUGGUAUGCGUUCAAAUAGUGCCAUCGAUUUGCAGGCGGCAAAUCGAGCCGUGCGUAACAUUAGAGGAGGUUACGUUGCUCCAUUGCCACCAUCCAAAAAAGAUAGCAAUUCGUCGGAUCCUCGCUCCGUUACAUCCCCUGAUCAUCGGAAUUCUAGGACUCGCUCAAGAACUUCGGGAUCUUCACAGUCUCAACCCGGAAGCCGAUCAGGUUCGCCAUCAUCCAGAUAUUCUUACAAGACAUACGAUCCGUCUGGAACACCUGUUCGACAUGUAGAAAGUUCAACACUAGGUCGGCCAAGGCGUUUGUCCAGUAGUGGAAUGGUAGCUAACGCCACACCACCACGUGGACCUCGAAGUAGUAAUACGAGUCGUGAACCGAGUCCCAAUCGUGGUGGAAAUCAUUCAGUGCUAUCUAAGCCUACCAGGGUUCGUUCGCAGUCUGGGUGUAGCGAAAAAGGUACGCCUAGUCGCCCGGUGCUAGCUCAGAAAAUUCUCCAGCAAAGCCGAGAAGCCGAAUCUGCCCUCUCCGAUGCGCUGACUCGUCCUCCUCGUGUCGGUGGAUAUGAUGAUCAUUCCGAUGAAAGUGAAACUUCGAGCGUGUGUUCGGAACGCUCCAUGGAUUCAGUAAAUCGUCGUUCCGAUCGCCACUUUCGUGAAAAUUGGCUUGAAUCGCCUCACAAGGAUAUUUAUGAUAUUAUCAGUGCGUGUUCCAGUACCCAUUGGUCAGAGCGAAAAGAGGGAUUAAUGGGACUUCAAGCUUUCUUGCGCUCCGGCAAUUUGAUUCCAUCGCACGAAUUACGUAAACUGAUAGAAAUUCUUGGGAAAAUGUUCACCGAUGCCCAUACCAAAGUUUUCAGCCUGUUUUUAGAUGCAUUAACAGUAUUGAUUGAGAUUCAUAAGGAUGACAUGCAUGAAAAUUUGUAUUUCUUGAUGAGUCGCCUGCUCAACAAAUUAGGUGCCGACCUUUUGGGAUCUGUUCAAGCCAAAACUCUGAAAACCUUGGACUUAGUCCGAUACUGCUUUCCAUAUUCCCUACAAAUGGCGUUAUUGUUGCGAUUCAUGAUGGACAACACACAAACACCGAAUUCUCGAGUAAAAGUUGCUUUGCUGAAUUAUUUGACUGCUCUAGUACGCGACAUGCAACCGUCUGAUUUGAUGGCUGUUACGUCGCAAUCUGGAUCGCCAGGUUUAAUGAUGGGCAUGGCGGGUGUUGGCGCUUCAGUGUCUCCGCAACUGGUUGAAGCAUCUGUUGCAAAAGUAGUCGCUUGGACUAGCGAUAUUAGAUCUGCUGAAGUGCGGAAGGCUUCGCAAGAUGCGCUUUAUACUUUAUUCAGUUUACACCCCGCUGAAGUGACGCGAAUCCUCAAUACCCUCCCAAAAGUGUGCCAGGACAGCGCGUCACAAAUCAUUCAAUCUCAGUUGAACAGAACUAUGGAUAAUGUUAGUUUAAACAGAGCGUCAGAUUCUCCCACGUCGGUUGUUGCUGGAUCGUCACCUUUAAGAUCACCUGUCACCCCGCAAUCGCAAUUUCAAAUACCGAACCCAUCUUCCCAGCAACCAUCCACGCCUACUUAUUUUUCCAAAAUCUCUUCAUCCAGGUCAUUGGAAAAUGACGAAAAUGAGCAUUAUAACCCAGAGGAAGUUUAUAAAUCCAUCAGAAAAACUACAGCAGAAAUCCAGAAUUACAGCUUUGAAAAAUCGUCUUUAGAGCGAGAUUCGACAUCACAAGAUUCUGGAAUAUCACAGCUUUCGCAUUUAUCGUUUGAAAAAAAUAAAGGGGAAGCCAAGCCAUUGCCACUGGAAGAGAAACGUCAAAAAACCAUGCCUAAUUCUCUUGGGACCGAUGUUUUGAUGUCACCAAUGGAACAAGCUGAUAGAGCUACAAUGCAGCGAAUCCUUGCACUGUUUGGAAAAGAAGAUUCAGAAUCACGAAAGGAUGCUAUGAGGAUGCUAACACAGUUGAUGCAUCAGGGAGCAGGCAACCUAAUUGAAGACAAUUUCCGCCCAGUUUUCAAACAUUUAGUUUCAUGUCGUGAAGAUCCUGACUCUUUUGUACGCCGCCAAGUAUUUAAUCUUUGGGCAACAAUGCUUUCAACGCCCAGGUUGCUGGAAGAGAUGGAGAACUACGCUGACCUAAUUCUUGUCAACAUUUUUCGAGCACAACGUGACCAAGAGAGAGAGGUUGUACGUUCGGCUGAAAGUUGCGCCAAAACUUUGGCUGCCGUUCUUUCAUUGAACAAGCUUAUUCGCAUUUUAAAACAUGCGAUUGGUGAUAAUUACCCUGAAAACUAUACUGCGAUCAAAACAUUGACUCGACUAGUUGAGCAGCGCCCACAUGAAGACACGGUGACUAUUCUACCCGAAAUGAUGCCUGCACUCUUGCGUGCCACCGACCAUGCCGAAAGUAUUGUGCGCAAAGCAGCUGUUUUCUGUAUCGUUGAAAUUUACAAGCGAGCGCCCGAGGAAUUGAAACCGUACCUAGAAUCACUAAAUAGCAGCAAAAUGAAAUUGAUCAACGUUUACAUCCAACGAGCCGGUCCCACGUAGACCCGUACCUAUUGAUCAGACACAGUCCAUCUUCUCACGGCGUUUUCGUUUUAUACGCGUGACCAUCUAGUGAGCCGCUUAUCUUAUUAUUUGAUUCUUAUUCUCGAUCUUAUUACAGAAAAAAAAUAAACAAAAAAAGACAAUAAAAGACAAGACAAUAAAAAAAGUAGCAACAUCUUUCGCGUUCUUUGUAAGCAGUUUACCAACUUACAGCUUCAGUAAUUGUGACUGCUCUCUGGCAAUUAAUCCGAUUAUGCAUUCCUAAUAAUAGUGAACUACUAUGGACUUCCCAAUUUUCAAACUAAUACAUCUAUUGAAAUAUGUUA